AUGAGGCUGAUCGCGACGAUCCUUAUCGUCGCUUUCUCAGGCGCAGCGGUGGGCCAAGAUUUCGGCGGUCAUGCUCUAUUCGUGAGAACCGCGGACGCUGAUGCCGCACGCUCGAGAGUACCACGAGCUGCCCCAGCAUCGCCGGCAGACGUGAUGGCGCAAAAUAUCCUAGAGUGGAUUCAGGGGAUCUACCAGCAAGGCGCACGUAAAAUUCGCCAGCAAUCGGACUCAAACGCUUACUUGCCACCAUACAGCACCCAACGACCGCUUGAGAAACCCCGGCCCUUCCAACCAGCACCUCAACAACCGAGUUAUCCGUCGCCCAACCAAAACGACGUGACGGGCUUCCCCGUUCAAAGGCCAUCGUCGCUCUACACCCCGCCAAACGUCGGGCAACCUUCGCCCCCGCAGUUCCCUACCCCACGACCGGGCUAUCCCAAUAGCCAACAGCCGUUGUCGUCGACGUACGUGCCGCCAAGUUAUAGUGGCUCCACGUCUUACAAUCCUCGACCGAGUCAGCCCUCGUAUGCGAACGCGGGCUCGUCGGGUUUUCCGCCACUAAACACGCUGGACACAUCAACUACUUACCUUUCGCCACAGUCGCCGUCGUCCUUCCCCUCAUCGACCAGCCCAAGGCCGCCUUUGCCUAGCUCCACGGCUGUCGCCGGGUCAGGUGGAUUAUUGCCUAGCGGCUUCCAAACUUCCGCCGGUGUCGGCAGCACCUCGGGAGUAUACCCGUCUGAUAGCACCGGAGGAGGUAGUACCAGUGGGACUUUGAGACCGCCGGUUACAGGAGGAUAUUCACCACCGGCUGGCUUUUCCACGUCGUAUGGCUAUCCGUCGGAACGGCCAACACCCAGUUUCCCCACUCCCAGCGACAUUGGCACCGGUGGAAAUUAUCCCGGUCCUAGUUAUAUAGGUCCAAGCGUAGGAUAUCCGUCUACUUCGACUGAUGGAUAUCCGUCUUCUACACCAUCCCCGCCUUUUGAUGAAGCAAGUGAGAGUAGUAGUAGCACUGGUAUCACUACAGGAGGUCCCGAGGGUGAACCGGAGAUUAGUGGAGGUGGAACUGGAACUAUUGUCACAGAAGACGAUCUCAAUCACCCUCCGCAUAUUCACAAUCUCGACGUAAUGUGCAGUAAGACCAUGAUGACAAUCAAUAUUGAAUUCAACCGCGUUUUCGACGGUGUUAUUUAUUCCAAGGGAUUCUAUACGAACCCGGAAUGCAGAUACGUAGCACAAAACUCUGGCCGGACAACAUAUUCUUUCACUGUAAAUUUGAACUCGUGCGGAACUCAAUUCAUCAACGACUUUGAGGGUGAAGCUGGUCAAGCAUACUUGGAGAACGUCCUCGUGUUGCAGAACGAACCAGGUAUACAAGAAGUCUGGGAUACAGUGCGAAGAGUGCGAUGUCUUUGGGAAGGAAACAUCAGUAAGGCCUUGACGGUUAAUUUCUCUGUGGACAUGCUGAACCAGGAGAUUGUUACCUUCAGCGGUGACACAGCUUCAGCCAAACUAGACAUUCAAAUCGGCAGAGGACCUUUUGCACCAGCGGCCGAUGGCCUCGUGAAAAUCGGAGAAACAAUGACCCUGGUCGUCUCCGUGGAAGGCGAUCCAGGUUUUGAUCUUCAGGUGCGUGACUGUUUGGCACGAGACGAAACCUCGACCAAUACGCUACAGCUCACCGACGAAAGAGGCUGCAUUCUGAAGCCGAAGUUGUUCGGUGCCUUCCAAAAGACAAACGACACGGGAAAUACGGGUGCCUCUAUUAUUGCUUACGCAUUUUUCCAAGCCUUCAAAUUCCCUGACGUUAUGGACCUGUUCAUCGAGUGUAACGUUGAGUUGUGCAAGACGGAUUGCGAGCCUUGUCCAAUAUCAAACCAGCAAAUCGAUCCAGGCAGACGUCGUCGGUCGCUAACAUACGCAUCACCAUUGAACACCACGAUGAAUCCGGUUCUCUUAUCAGACCCUGUUCGUAUCGGACGCGGCUUCAAAGUGGUUAUGCUAGACGAUCUAAGCGCAGCGUCCAGCCAUAUCUUAGAGAGUAUGGAGGAAACAGCUAUCGAGGCGAUGACGAAGGAGAAAAACGUUUGCAUGAGUAACGGUGGCUUUUACACAGCCUUCUCUCUCAUGCUGAGCACACUUUCGAUCGCGACUGUGAGCGCGGCCGUGCUCUAUGUUAAAUUGCAACGAGUCCGCAGAACGAAAUUCGUGGAUUCGUAG